AUGGGAGCCGCGCGCGGAGCCCCGAGCAGCCCCUGCCGGCUGCCUCUGCUCAGCGUCCUGCUGCUGCCGCUGCUGGGCGGUGCCCAGGCAGCCGUUGUCUUCAUCAAGGAGCCGUCCUCCCAGGACGCGCUGCAGGGGCGCCGGGCGCUGCUCCGCUGUGAGGUUGAGGCCCCGGGCCCAGUGCACGUGUUCUGGCUGCUGGACGGGACCCCCGUCCAGGACACUGAACGGCGCUUCACCCAGGGCAGCAGCCUGAGCUUCGCGGCUGUGGACCGGCUGCAGGACUCGGGAGCCUUCCAGUGCGUGGCUCGGGAUGAGGUCACUGGAGAAGAGGCCCGAAGCGCCAAUGCCUCCUUCAACAUCAAAUGGCUCGAGACCGGUCCCGUAGUCCUGAGGCAUCCGGCCUCGGAAGCUGCGAUCCAGCCCCUGACCCAGGUCACGCUGCGUUGUCACAUCGAUGGGCACCCUCGGCCCACCUACCAGUGGUUCCGAGAUGGGAGCGCCCUCUCUGACGGCCAGAGCAACCACACGGUCAGCAGCAAGGAGCGAAACCUGACCCUCCGGCCGGCGGGCCCUGAGCAUAGCGGCGUCUACUCUUGCUGUGCCCAUAAUGCCUUUGGCCAGGCCUGCAGCAGCCAGAACUUCACCUUGAGCAUCGCUGAUGAGAGCUUUGCCAGGGUGGUCUUGGCACCCCAGGAUGUGGUGGUGGCAAGGAAUGAGGAGGCCAUGUUCCACUGUCAGUUCUCAGCCCAGCCGCCCCCGAGCCUGCAGUGGGUCUUUGAGGAUGAGACGGCCAUCACUAACCGCAGCCGAGCCACGGUGUUUGCCAAUGGGUCCCUGCAGCUGACCCAGGUCCGGCCACGCAAUGCAGGGGUCUACCGCUGCAUAGGCCAGGGCCAGAGGGGCCCUCCUGUCGUCCUGGAGGCCACGCUCCACCUGGCAGAGAUCGAAGACAUGCCACCAUUUGAGCCACGGGUGUUCACGGCCGGCAGCGAGGAGCGAGUGGCCUGCCCGCCCCCCCAGGGUCUGCCGGAGCCCAGUGUGUGGUGGGAGCACGCAGGAGCCCGGCUGCCCGCCCACGGCAGGGUCUACCAGCAGGGCCACGAGCUGGUGUUUGCCAGCACUGCCGAGAGCGAUGCUGGUGUCUACACCUGCCACGCGGCCAACCUGGCCGGUCAGCGGAGACAGGAUGUCAACAUCACCGUGGCCACGGUGCCCACGUGGCUGGAGAAGCCCCAGGACAGCCAGCUGGAGGAGGGCAAGCCAGGCUAUUUGCAUUGCCUGACCCAGGCCACACCCAAACCCACAGUUUUCUGGUACAGAAACCAGAUGCUCAUCUCCGAGGACUCGCGGUUCGAGGUCUUCAAGAAUGGGACCCUGCGCAUCAACAGUGUGGAGGUGUAUGAUGGGACGUGGUACCGCUGCGUGAGCAGUACGCCCGCCGGCAGCAUCGAGGCCCAGGCCCGCGUCCAAGUGCUGGAAAAGCUCAAGUUCACACCACCACCGCGGCCACAGCAAUGCAUGGAGUUCGACAAGGAGGCCACGGUGCCCUGCUCAGCCACGGGCCGAGAGAAGCCCACUAUUAAGUGGGUCCGGGCAGAUGGGAGCAGCCUCCCAGAGUGGGUGACAGACAAUGCCGGGACCUUGCACUUCUCCCGGGUGACCCGUGACGAUGCUGGCAACUACACCUGCAUUGCCUCCAACGGGCUGCAGGGCCAGAUACGCGCCCACGUCCAGCUCACCGUGGCAGUGUUCAUCACCUUCAAGGUGGAGCCAGAGCGCACGACUGUGUAUCAGGGCCACACGGCCCUGCUGCGGUGCGAGGCCCAGGGGGACCCCAAGCCGCUCAUUCAGUGGAAGGGCAAGGAUCGCAUAUUGGACCCCACUAAGCUGGGACCCAGGAUGCACAUCUUCCAGAAUGGCUCCCUGGUGAUCCACGACGUGGCCCCCGAGGACUCGGGCCGUUAUACCUGCAUCGCAGGCAACAGCUGCAACAUCAAGCACACGGAGGCCCCCCUCUACGUCGUGGACAAGCCGGUGCUGGAGGAAUCCGAGGGCCCGGGCAGCCCUCCCCCCUACAAGAUGAUCCAGACCAUCGGGCUGUCGGUGGGCGCCGCUGUGGCUUACAUCAUCGCCGUGCUGGGCCUCAUGUUCUACUGCAAGAAGCGCUGCAAGGCCAAGCGGCUUCAGAAGCAGCCGGAGGGCGAGGAGCCAGAGAUGGAGUGCCUCAACGGCGGGCCUCUGCAGAACGGACAGCCCUCGGCCGAGAUCCAGGAGGAGGUGGCCUUGACCAGCUUGGGCUCUGGCUCCGCCGCCACCAGCAAGCGCCACAGCUCCAGUGACAAGCUGCACUUCCCGCGGGCCAGCCUGCAGCCCAUCACCACGCUGGGCAAGAGCGAGUUCGGGGAGGUGUUCCUGGCGAAGGCACAGGGCUUGGAGGAAGGAUUGCCUGAGACCCUGGUGCUCGUGAAGAGCCUGCAGAGCCGGGAUGAGCAGCAGCAGCUGGACUUCCGGAGGGAGUUCGAGAUGUUUGGGAAGCUGAACCACGCCAAUGUGGUGCGGCUGCUGGGGCUGUGCCGCGAGGCUGAGCCCCACUACAUGGUGCUGGAGUACGUGGACCUGGGAGACCUUAAACAGUUCCUGAGGAUUUCCAAGAGCAAGGAUGAGAAGUUGAAGUCGCAGCCCCUCAGCACAAAGCAGAAGGUGGCCCUGUGCACCCAGGUGGCCCUGGGCAUGGAGCACCUGUCCAACAACCGCUUUGUGCACAAGGACCUGGCCGCCCGCAACUGCCUGGUCAGCGCUCAGAGACAGGUGAAGGUGUCGGCCCUGGGGCUCAGCAAGGACGUGUACAACAGUGAGUACUACCACUUCCGCCAGGCCUGGGUGCCCCUGCGCUGGAUGCCCCCCGAGGCCAUCCUGGAGGGUGACUUCUCCACCAAGUCUGAUGUCUGGGCUUUCGGCGUGCUGAUGUGGGAGGUGUUCACCCACGGGGAGAUGCCCCAUGGUGGGCAGGCAGACGAUGAGGUGCUGGCAGACUUGCAGGCUGGGAAGGCCAGACUCCCGCAGCCUGAAGGCUGCCCUUCCAAGCUCUACCGGCUGAUGCAGCGGUGCUGGGCCCUCAGCCCCAAGGAUCGGCCCUCCUUCAGCGAGAUCGCCAACACCCUGGGAGACAGCCCCGCUGACAGCAAGCCGUGA